AUGCGACGUUACAAAAAGAAAUCAGAGACUGACAAGAGCAAACCAGACAUGAGUUUCGUCAAGUCUUUAGGAAAAGGCACGCACGGCUCCGUCGAUCUCUUCAGUUACACAAAAGACGACGGCACAACGUUCUACAACGCCGUCAAGAUCUCCGAUUACGAUUCUGUCGAUUCUAUCGACAGAGAGUUUCGAAUUCUCUCGGAACUCAGAGGAUGUCUUGGAAUCGUGCAAUCGUUUGGUGACUCUCUGCUUCAAGGAACCGAUUGCAAUGACACAGAAGUCUUCAUGAUGCCAAUGGAGUACGCAGCUGGUGGUACUCUGACCAAUUUCAUCCAAAGAAACAGAAAAAUGUCGGAUUGUCACAUCAAAGACUUCACUCGGAUGAUUCUCCAAGGGUUGGUCUCGGUUCAUAGUCACGGUUAUGUCCAUUGCGAUCUUAAACCGGACAAUCUCCUUCUUUUUCCCCGGUACGAUCAAGAAACGUGGAAUUGUUCAAACGAGUUGAAGAUUUCGGAUUUCGGAUUGUCGACGAAGGCAGGAGAGAAGUCUGAUUGUUGGAACACUGAUUCUCCGUUUGUUGGUACGCCUGUGUACAUGCCGCCGGAGUCGAUCAGAGACGGUGGUUCCGUGGAGCAAACCCUAGAUUUGUGGUCGCUUGGUUGCAUUGUUUUGGAGAUGUAUACCGGUAAGCAUCCAUGGACUGGUGUUGGUCUCGAUAACGUGAAGCCUCUUCUUUUGGAUGGAAAAGCGCCGGAGAUUCCAAAGAGUGUGCCGUGUGAUGCAAGGCAGUUUAUAGAGAAGUGUUUCGCAAGGAAACCUGAGGAGAGAGGAAGCGCUUCGGAGUUGUUGUUGCAUCCGUUUUUGAUCGUAGAUGAUAAGGUGGCUUCUGUUGCCGCCGGCGGAGAGAGACACCGGAUGGUGUUGAGGAUCAGAAAACCUCCGCCGAGUUUGGAAGAUGUUACAGAGAAGCCAUCGAGAUUGAAGAUUAUUUCAUCAAAGUCCUCACAGUUUAAGAGAGUUUUGAAAAAACCCCUGAAGGUUAAGAUUCUUCCUCCGAGAUCCCCGAGAUCCAAUUUUGUUCCUGUUCAGUAG